AUGGAACUCACUCCAGCCCUCAUAAUUCAGCAAAAUCAAGAAAAGCCAGACAAAAUCUAUCUGAUCGAAAUGAUAAAAGCAAAUAUUCGCAGUCUCUGUCCUCUCAAUCAAUUUUCAAAGGUGAAGAGUAUUGUUUUUUCAAGCAAUUUGAUAGAAGUUAUUCCAAGAGGAACUUUUGAUAAGCUUAAAGAUCUAAAAGAACUUGAUAUUUCCUGCAAUUUUAUUUCAAGCUUGGAUGGAUUAGUGAUUCCUUCAUUGGUUAGGCUUGUUAUCAGCUUUAAUCGAAUAGAAACCCUUGAGUGAAUUUCUGGAUAUAAGGUAAAUUGCAUUUAGAAUCUCCAAGUUUUAAAGGCUGAAGGAAAUAAAAUAACUUCAAUGAAGCCUUUGCAACCCUUACUCUCUUUUUUAGAAUUAAAUGGUAUUUUGACGGAAAUUAGUCUCCGAGGCGCACACCUAUGAACCAAGUAGGACCCACCUGAUAAAGCUGAAAACAAGGCUUCUGGAGAUACCUUGCCGAAGAGACAGGUUUCGCCUCUUAUAUGGUCUUCGUCUGUCGGGACUAUCAGGGCACUCUGCAAUAGCGGCUCUAAACAUAGGGAGAUGAUCCUUAGGUUAGGCGAGUUUUCACUCGAAAUUCAAGAAUGUGGAAUUUUGAGUAAGCCUUAUACCAUUUGCACUCUAGUGUAUAUAUACACUCAGCGUAGGCCACCUUUUCUAGAGUCAAGGCAGUCCAGCUAGUGAUAUUACACUUAUGGUUGUGUAAAAUUUUUAAUUUUUACUCCCUUUUUCAGUGAUUAAAGCCAUUAAAAAUCCCUAUUUUGCGAAAAUGACCUCCUUUUGUUUACCUAAACUAUUUUUUUAUAAAUAUUAUGAAAUCUGUAUUUUAUUUUAAAUAAAUUUAUUGAUUAAAUUAUAUUUAAUUUCAAAUAUUUGCGAAUUUCGAUUUAAAGCUAAACAUUUUUUAUAGGGAAUUGUAUUUUAACCACUCUAUUAGCAAAUAAAAGCCUUGCUGACUCAAUAAGGAAAGAACUAGGGAAUCUUAAAUUAGUAAACUUAUCUUUGAACCAGAUUUCUCAAAUCCAAGGCAUUUCUGCAACAGAUGUAAUUUUUAUAUAAGAUUGAUGAGCUUUAUCUAGAAAACAACAGUAUCGAACAAAUCAACCCUCGAGAUAUAGUCCAAGACUUGCGAUAGCUUGGGUUGUGCUGAUGAUUUCGACGCUACUUAGGUAGUUGAGAAGCCAACAUUUAUUGAUAAAACCAACUCCCUGAGUGGUAUCAGGAUUCAUCAGCACAGCCUGAGCUAUAGCAAUGCUCGCACUAUAUUUCGCCAAACCCUAAAAAUUUUAUUCUUAAAAGGCAACCAGCUUAAUGAUGCAAGCUUUUUAGAAAAUCUAAAAGAGCUUGAAACCCUAAAUUUAGAUAAAAAUGAAUUUCAGACAUUAGAAUCUUUUUCAAUGCUACCUAAUCUAAAUGAGCUUUAUUUAAGCACAAAUCAAAUCUUUAUGAUAGGGAAUAAAUUGGAACUUAAUGAGCUUUUUCCUGUAUUGGCAAGCCUAGAUCUUUCAAAUAACUCUUUAUAUGACAGGGUUGAAUUAUUAUGUUUACGACAACUAUCAACACUAAGAGAGCUGAAUUUACAAGGAAACCCAUGUGCUGAAAUAGAAAACUUUGAAGAAAUAAUAAUGGAAGACUAUCCUCAGCUAAUUAUAUUGAACGAUAAACAAAUUGCGAGGCCAACUUAUUUAGAAGAACUUGCGAAAAUAAAGGACACACUUAAAGAUGAGUAAGAAAAAUUUAGAGGCUUCAAUACACAUCCCGUCCUUCUUCAGCUUUGCCAAUCAGCAAAAAUUUGGUAA